AUGCUCAUUGCAUCGGGCCUAACCCUCGCUGCCCUCGUGGCAUGCGUCUCGGGUGCUCCUCCAACGAAGCGAUCAGGCUGCAGCAGCGCCACCUACGAUUAUAUUGUUGUGGGUGGUGGCACCGCUGGUGUAGCUGUCGCUGCUCGUCUAAGCGAGGGUCUGCCCAGCGCCAAGAUCCUUUUGAUCGAAGCCGGCCCUGCCGUCUCGGAUGAGCCCAAGAUCAACAUUCCGGGCAUGAAGGGCUCGACUCUUGGCACCAAGUACGACUGGAACUUCACCACUGUCCCUCAACAGAAUGUGAACAACCGAGUGUUCCCUGUCAACCGCGGUAGGGUCGUCGGCGGCAGCUCCGCGCUCAAUCUCAUGACGUACGAUCGCGCUGCCGUUGCCGAGUACAACAGCUGGGAAGAACUCGGUAACAAGGGAUGGAACUGGAAGAACAUGAUUGCUGCCAUGAUGAAGUCUGAGACGUUCACCGGUAAGAACACAGACACCUACGGCUCUGCGGGUGUCGGCGACAGCGGCCCUGUCAAGGCUGUGGUCAACCGCGAGAUCCCGGUUCAGCAGGAGAGCUGGAUCCCGACAUUGAACGCCCUCGGAAUCGAGACGAACCUCGAGUCCUUGGGUGGCAACCCCCUUGGCGUCAUGUACCAGCCCAGCAGCAUCGACGCGACCAUCUACAACCGCUCCUACAGUGCAAAUGCCUAUUUGCCCAUCGCCGAGCCAAACCUUCGCGUCUUGUCAGACACUACCGUAGCCAAGGUCAAUCUGGUGGCAGCCGGCGGUGGCCAUGUCGCGACCGGCGUGACCCUGGCCAACGGCACUUUCAUUCGCGCCAGGGCAGAAGUAAUCGUGUCCGCUGGUUCUGUUCAAAGCCCUGCCCUGUUGGAGGUAUCCGGUAUUGGCCAGGAAUCGGUCCUCGCCGCCGCUGGUAUUGAACAGUUGAUCGACCUCCCCGGCGUGGGCGAGAACCUUCAGGACCACCUCCGUAUCAUGACCUCUUAUCAGCUCAAGCCGGAAUUCCUUUCCUUCGACGUCUUGCGAUCAAACGCCACAUUUGCCGCCGAGCAGCUCGCGCUCUGGAAUGCUCGCAAGAAGUCACUCUACGACUACACCGGCAGCGGCUAUACCUUCACGACCUGGCAGCAGGCCAUCGGCGACCACUCUAACCUCGUCGCGCUCGCCAAAACGGCGGCCGGCGAAGACGCUAGCGCCGUCGACAAGAAGAAGAUUGAAUUCCUCAACGACCCUUCCGUCCCGCAGCUGGAGGUCAUCUUUUCGGACGGCUACACGGGUGUCAAGGGUUACCCGCCGGCUAGUUCGCCUCUCUUUGGUCAGGGCUUCUUCACCCUCAUCGGCGUCGUCAUGCACCCCCUGAGCCGCGGCAGCAUUCACAUCAACCCUACAAACCCGAGCGGCAAACCCUACUGCCGCAAGGAUCGCCACAACCGAACCCAUGAAGUCCCUCUGGGUCAACGAGUACGAGCCCGGCCUGACAACGUGCAGACCGACGCCCAGUGGAGAGAUUUCGCCCUCAAGACCACUCUCAGCAUCUUCCACCCUAGCGGCACUUGCGCCAUGCUGCCGCAGAAGGACGGUGGCGUCGUUGACCCGAACCUCAAGGUGUACGGCACCUCGAACCUGCGCGUCGUCGACGCCAGCAUCAUCCCUCUGCUGAUCUCUGCCCACAUCCAAACCGCUGUGUACGGUAUUGCUGAGAUCGCGGCGGAGAAGAUCAUUGCAGAUGCCGCCAAGAGCGCGGCCCAAGAAAGCCGCCAGGAUGGCUUGAACGUCCUCGGGAUACUGGUGACGGAAUUGUACAUACUUUAG